AGCAGCUGCGAGCUGGAAAGUGUCUGACAGCUUCAGCCGAGACCUCCGCGCUCCGCUCCGUGCACACAGCGACACGGACAGCUCCUCCGCUCCGCUGCCUCCGCGGGUGUUAACUCCCCUGAGGUCGCUGCACUCGUUGUUUUUUCAGUAUUUAGUUUUUAAGCUAACCGAGAGCCCAAUGCUCCCCUGCCAGUGCUAGCUUGCGUUAGCGGGCUAGCUCUUUGUGUGGCUAGCUCGAUAGCUGAGGGAUGUUUUGUUGUUAUUGAGACCGAGCAGCCCUCCCGUCGUCUGGGGAGCGGAGCUUCAUCAGCUGUGUAUGGGAGACGAAAACUAAACAACAACACCUCCUCCGCCGACAUUAGCCUCCUGAAACCGCCUGUUAGUGUAAGCGACAGGGAAGGAAAGAGAGAAGAGUUUGACCGAAGAGGAAGGAGAUGGGAAACUGUCUGAAAUCUCCGACCUCGGAUGAUAUUUCUUUGCUACAUGAGUCUCAGUCGGACCGGGCCAGCUACGCAGACGGUGCUGACCCCGACCAGGAGCCGCCGCCCCCAUAUCAGGAGCAGAUCCAUGUACCCGUCUAUCACCCAACGCCCAGUCAAGCCAGACUGGCCACUCAGCUGACGGAGGAGGAGCAGGUCCGCAUCGCUCAGCGCAUCGGGCUCAUACAGCACCUCCCGAAGGGCAUGUAUGACCUGGGGCGGGACGGCUCAGAGAAAAAGAUCAGAGAGUGCGUCAUCUGUAUGAUGGACUUUGUCUACGGAGACCCAAUCCGGUUCCUGCCCUGCAUGCACAUCUACCACAUGGACUGUAUAGACGACUGGCUGAUGAGGUCCUUCACCUGCCCCUCCUGCAUGGAGCCUGUGGACGCCGCACUGCUUUCCUCCUAUGAGACCAACUGACACACACACACACACACACACGCACAUAUGCCCACAGAUGCCUGUGGACCAAACUGGACACACACAUACAGUAUGCACACACUGUAUCCUGGAUUAGUAAGGUGGCAGUAUCAAAGCUGUGACUGUAAAAGAUUUAUUGUGAUCUCAUAUGUUUGAGCGUGUGCACACAUAAGCACGCAUUUGUGUGUGCUUGCGUGUGUGUCUGUAUAUGUGUGUUUACGUACCUGCACAAACACAAGUUCCUCACUUGGCCUGCUGGACAGGACUGCAUUUGAGAAAGGAUUGGAGGAAUGAACAGAGUGAUGAUGUUCCGGACAAGCAGGACGGGGCUGGAUCGAGGGGAAGGAGUAGACGAGAAAUUAAAAGUGGACAAUUGUAAAAAAAGAAGUCAAGGACAAACGCGACACAGCUGAAGAUGCCUUAUGCAAAGACUUCUAUCAGCGUAAGAACAUCUGAUGGACUCUGCAGAGGCCUCUAGCUGUCCAUCUGUACAGAUCUCUCACGAGAAAUUAAGAUAGGUCGGUGGUUCAGUCGAUUGUCCAGUGUCCUGUGUUUGUUUGGUCAGGCAGCAUAAGGGCUUCGUUGAACCAGUGUUUAUUAAGAACACAGACAUGGCAGAGGAAAAUACAGUCACGUGCUUUAGCCAUUAAUGUGACGAAGAACUAAUGCCAUCAAGCUUUCCACUUCCUGUGACUCUCUGUGUGACGGGGAGAUCUCAGAUUAUUGGUUAAAGCACGAGUAGAUCAGUUAACGAACCAUUAAUAGACAUCAUAGAUAUUUGCACUUCUUAAUCAGAAUUUGUGACAGGAGUUGACCAUACGCAUUCAGUAAUUAUGUCAAAGUGAAGAAUGUGAUUUGUUUGACCUACAUUUUCAUUAGCAUUGAUUCGUCUCUGUGAACCAGGAGUGUAAUUUAUUACCGGUAACAAUAACCAAACUAUUAAAUUAAUUCUGAGAGCGAUUCCCCCUUUACUGUCCAAGUCGUGUAAUUUUAAGGACAAGUAAAGAACUUAUUUACACAAGGUUACGAGCAUCACAUAUAUCUUUACACACGCAUAUUUAUAGAUAUAAAUGAUGGCUUCAUGCUGUUAUGUCUUCAUUUUCUUCACAUGAAUUCGAUGUCUCAAUCUAAACAAUCUCCUCGCUACAUUUCACAUUUUAUGUCUGUUGCCUCGGGUCACCCAGUUGAUGAAAGCACAAAGAAAUGACAACCGUUCUGUUUUACUUUCCUUCUCCCUGCAGACUGUCGCCUGCAGGUGAGUCAGUGAGACUUUAGAAUUAUGCAGGUCAUGUUUAAUAAUUUGAGUGCCCCCUGCUUUGCAGGCAUGAUAGAAAAAAAGAGUUUGAAAACAUGCCUUUUAGUGAAGGUUGUAUGUCUACGUAUGUGUGGGUCUAUGUCCGUACAUGGCUUUCUGGCCUUUGUAUGAGGUGGUAAGUCAGCACCUUAGUUUUUGCACAGUACUUUAAUCUACUUAACUUUUUAUGUUGUACUUUGUUCGCCACCAGUGAGGUGGAGUCUCAUGGCCUAUCAGCUGCUAAAACAUGAAGCAGAGUCCUGUUAACUUCAAGAAAACAAGGGGUGGGGGUGAUAUGAUACAGUCAGUCAAGGCUGCAGAUGCUGCAGUCGAGCUGGAAGUCAUUGUACGUGUGAUGUGGAAAAAAACAAGGACGUGUCUUUCAUUGUCACAAAACUAAUAAAUUGUCAGUGUAU